CAGGGAUAUGAAGGUCAUGGGGUUUUCCUCCUACGGCAAAGUGAAACGCGAAGGGGUGAAUAUGUCCUCACAUUUAAUUUUCAAGGCAGAGCAAAGCACUUACGCCUCACGCUAACUGAAAGAGGUCAGUGUCGGGUCCAGCACCUACGCUUCCUGUCUGUCAUAGAAAUGCUUCACUAUUUCCGCCUUCAUCCAAUUCCACUUGAAUGUGGAGCCGCUGGAGAUGUGAAGUUGUCUGGUUUUGUGGUGUCCUCUGCACAUUCACAAGACCAGAACCCUACAGUCAGCACAUUACUGUUCCCAUUGCCAAUCCAGAGGUCAAGUUCAGAGCGUAGCAUCUUGCAUUCCCCACAGGCCAACUUGGGGCAACACCCCUUCACAGACGAUCUUCAUCCCAGCUCCUACUCUGAACAGAUCUUCCAUUUGGUACCCCCCUCCAGAAGAACUGGCCCGGAACUUUUUGCUGAGUGAGUCCAGCAGGGCCCAAACAAGCCGUCAGAGGGAAUCUGACUACGAAAUGGAUUCUUCCUCAAGGGGCCACAUACGGGCAAUAGACAAUCCUUACACACCUCUAUGA